AUGAGAUACCUGCUCAACUUUAUGACUCCAUUUGCUCGCAGGAAUGUAUUUCAAGAGAUCGUGUGGUUUGUUAGUCCGCAUCAGCGUUUGGAUGAAAUCGACGAGUUUGUCAAACGAAUAGGCGACGCCUUUGCCAAGACAGCCACUCAAACAGUAGUGAAAAAUAACACAGAGAUGCGAAUGAUUCACUCAUCGGCGCGAAGGAACCACCUCAGUUUUGUGUUCACCACCGGAGCAGAUGAUCCGAUUAUGAAGGUUUUAAGCAAAGUUCUCCUCGGCCGUCAUUUUUACUUUUCCUUGAUAAUGUAUUUGUACAAAGUAUCGGACAUGCAAGCAGUUAAUGAACUAUUGACGUUUGCUGGCGACCAACAGUUUACCAAUUCGAUGGUGUAUUUUGAAACAGAAGAAGGGCUCAAUCAGCUCUACGGAGUGUCAAAGUUCCCCGAAAUGAAGUUCGAAAAUCGCACCAAUUUCUUGGCAUUCUUUGCGCAGAUGUGGAAGAAGGUUUUAAAUGCCCGCUCGGAUGUGGAAGGCUUUGGAUUCCCUACUCCUUUGCGCCAGGAUCUGCCACACCUCUUCAAAUCCCAAAGACGCUACGAUGGAAGCACUUACAGGAUAAUCGAUACAUUCGUUAAAUUCAUCAACGGCAGUUUUAAGGAGCUCCAAAUGGCACCAGAUGCCCUCGGUGGACAAGUGAUUAGGAUGAAUGAAACUCUGCAGUUGGUUAGAGAAAGAAGAAUGGAGUUUUGUGCCCAUGCCUACGCACUUUUUAUGCCCGACGAGGAGUUGGAGAAGACAUAUCCACUGCUGGUGGUGCAGUGGUGCCUGAUGGUUCCACUUUAUAAUAGUGUAUCUACGUAUUUCUAUCCACUGCAACCUUUUGCCUGGAAUGUGUGGUUCUUCGCACUGGGAGCUCUUUUAGCUCUGAUUCUCCUGGAGCUAAUGUGGCUUAGAUUUUUCGGAGUGCGAUCUGAUUAUCAAGGUGCCCUGCUGGACUCCUUUUGUUAUAUCAUCAAUGUAUCAACCGAAAGACAAUUACAACAGCCGUGUCUUUUGCGUUUUCUCCUACUUUUCACAGUAUUUUUCCAUGGAUUUUUUCUUUCCGCCUACUACACAUCAAAUUUAGGUAGCAUCCUGACUGUAAAUCUCUUCCACGCCCAAAUAAACACCAUGGAUGAUAUAAUCAGUACCCAAUUACCAGUCAUGAUUAUAGAUUACGAGAUGGACUUUCUACUAAAUUUGAACAAGGAGUUGCCCGAGGAGUUCCUGAAACUGCUGCGUCCUGUGGAUUCAGGAAUUUUUGCAGAGCACCAAACAAAAUUCAAUAGCUCGUUUGCCUAUUUCGUCACCGAAGACCAUUGGGAAUUUCUCGAUGAGCAGCAAAAGCAUUUGAAGCAAAGACUAUUUAAGCUAAGUGGCAUUUGCUUUGGUUCCUACCACCUGGCAUUUCCCCUCCAAAUGGAUUCCUCUUUGUGGCGGGACAUCGAGUAUUUUACAUUCCGCAUUCACUCUUCGGGGCUACUCAACUUUUAUGCCCGCAGCAGUUUUGGAUCUGCUCUUCACGCCGGCCUGGUGCAGCGUUUCCCGGGGAAUCAGGAAUACACAUCCGCGGGGCUGCAGCAUCUGGCCAUUGCCUUUAUUUUACUGCUGGUGAUGAGUGUUUUAGCUGGAGUAGUGUUUGCUUUGGAAAUAGUUUCAAGGGGCACUGUCCGUUCUUUGUUUUAUUACCAAUAA